AUGUGGCGUUUGGUUUACUGUGUGACACUCGAGAAAUCAGGGCGUUACACCCGCUCCAUCUUUCCAAGUCCAAACCGCUAUCCUGGACCUAGACCAGAAGCUCUGGUUGCUCCUGAUUUUCCAAUCAAUGCGGUCCCUCUGAACUCCGCACCACCUCCUCCUCCCUCUCCUCCAUCUUCUCCUCCUCCUCAAAAGGAAAAGGAGCACUCCAAAGUGUCCCUUUCAAAUCUUUCUUCAGUCAAAUCUGCUGAUUUUGAGUUUCCAAAUGUUGACACUGCAUCAACACGCAUUCGCAACCUAUAUGGUCAGACUGACCACAGUGAGAAACCCAACUUGGUUGCUGAAGACUGGAGUCGUCUGUGCAAUUGGAUGCACAACCAGAUUGAUGAGAUGAUGUUACUCUACAAUGAAGAAAGAGAGGCCAGAAUUAAUGCUGCUAGACAGAGAUUUGAAGCCAGAACCAGGAGAAGACAAGCUCUACAUGAAAGAAGCUUAAGGGAAAAGCUCUACACUAAAAUAGAGGAAACAAGAAAGAAGAAAGAGGAAGCAGAAGUUGCUGCAAGGCUUGAAGCAGCUCUACGUGAGUCUGCUAGGCUUGAUGCUCUAGAACAAGCUGCAAGAGUAGAAGCUGAGGCUGCUGCCCUUAAAGCUGAAGUGCUCGCUCCUGUUCAAGUUACAAACAUCGCCUCAUCCUCUGCACAAGCUCCUCACUCUGAUCAAGCUGCUCCGUCUGCUCCAGUUCAGUCAGACUCCAGACUUGACCUUGUUGAAAGAAGACUUGAUCCUCAAGAAGCUCUUCUCCAGAGUCUUCAAGAGAUGUGCACAGAAAUUCUGAAGAGGACAACUAAACCUUAG